GAAGAAAGAUGGUCGCUUUUGUGUACCAUCUUUCUGCCUGGCCUGGUUGAACUGAGCUGAAUUUGAUACGUUUUAGAGAUAUAUCACUUUCCACUCACCUAAAUAAUGUGGAGGAUAUUCAGUGGGAUUCCAAGAGCGAUUCGACAACACUGGAAUGGACCGCGUGCAGCAGCUGGUAUUUACAAGGAGGAAGAGACACUCUGUGACUGUGAGCCACCGAUCAGUUGUGUACACACCAGACAGAACUGCAUAAGUUUUGAGAGGUCUCAGGAUAGGUCAGAUGAGAGUGGAAAGGACACUGACAGAGAGCAGUAUGAUUGGUGGAAACGUCCACACCCCAACUUCUGGUCUCUCUUCACGGGCUCUCACUGCGCACUGGAGGCUGUCACUUGGGGAGCAGCAGUCGUGCUCGGUAUUAAGCUUUCUCACCUGAGGAUUCACGGAGUGCGAUGUGUGCCUGAUGAUGAAAAGCGGGAGAGGACAAAGCGAUGUCUACUCUAUCACAUAGCGUUUGCCUUACCCGGCAGUCAGACCACGAAGAGUGUGCUCGACUCAAAGACUCCACUACAGAACGAUGCAAAAAGAACUGAUGCGCCAGAGGAAACAGACCCAGUUACCAAGGUGAUGACAGAAUUCAAGAACAUAUGUAGCAAAUACACAGCAAUUGGGAAGAACAUAAUGGGCCUGACGAAGGCUCGAGAUGGUAACAUGGAGAGUGCGGUUGAAGACCUGACAGAGUCGAGUGAGCUGGGUCACACCGGGGCCCAGUUCAACACAGGACUGUGUUUCGAGCUCGGACAGGGAGUGAACUCGAGUCUUGCUCAGGCUGCCAAGUUUUACAGCCAGGCUGCAGCCAAAGAUCACCCAGAAGCUCUGUACAACCUCGCCAUGCUCUACCUCAAGGGAGAGGGCGGAGUUGCACAAGACACAUCAAGAGCUCUCUCGCUUCUAGAGCGGGCCGCUCACCAAGGGUUAACACAGGCUCAGAUAUUCCUGGGCGUUUACUACACUGAGGAGGAGAAAGAAGACAUGGAGAAGGCUGUAAUUUUUUUCAAUAUGGCCGCAGAACAAGAUGACCCCGAAGCACAGUAUUUCUUGGGUAUUUGCUACGAGCAGGGCUGGGGUGUUGAGAUGAAUGAAUGUAAGGCGGCCAGCUUGUACAGUGCGGCAUCUCGGAAUGGACACGAUGGAGCUAUGUACAACCUUGGUGUUUUCCACGAGUAUGGAUUCGGAGGUUUACCCAAAGACCGUGUUUCUGCUCUAGAUCUGUUCAGCCAGUCUGCAAGUCUUGGCAAUGAGAGUGCGUAUUUUAAGCUGCAGGAGUGGUACGCUAAUGCAGCCUUGCUGGAGUGGUCAGCCAAGUUUGAGAGGCACGCCAACCCACUGUUAGAUGGUCCUUCGGUAGCCACGGUUACAAAGUCACAGCCAUCAGAACAAGCCAUGUUGCCAGGUUUCAACUCGUCUGCCUCGUUACCAAGUCUGACGACCCAAGUCUGUUGUCCUCAGAGUAAUACACAAAGUUCUCUGCCACUCAGCCCCUCUGUGUCAUCUCCCACUCUAUCCGACUUGGUGAAGCGCAAUAUAAACCAGCUUAGCAUUGGACAUCAGUUUCUUUCUGGAUUCACGAAGUCUGCCACAGAGAACUUCAUUCUAGGACAGUUUUUUACAAAAAGUAAAAGAGCAGAACCAAAAGCAAGCUUUUUUCUCGGUGACGAAUGUGAGGAGGCAAGGGAGACGACUGUCAUCCAGCCCCUGUUUGACAUUCCAGAAGGACACUUCUGCACAACUGGAUUAAACCGAACACAUACUAUGACAGACCUUGUGUCUGUUGCUUGUCCUUGACGAAAUCAGUCAAAAGAGUAGUCUUUGACAGUGUUAUGAUAGGUUUUUUUCUCUCAAAUUGUCAGAUGCUUGAUUAGUGCUUGAUAAAGUAUAUCUUUACAAUGUCCAAAUCACAGACAGUAAUUGAGAUGUUUGACAAUGUUAAAGUGUGUGGUACUGAGAG